AUGAAGUACUUUCUUCUGCCAACUCAUUUAGCAUUUCUCUGUAGCUUUGCACUAAGUAAACCCGUCCAGAUAACUACAAGAAAGAAUGGCUUAGGUAGUGAAAUAGCUGUGUAUGAAGGAGACAUCCUCCUGAGAAGAGGGCGACGCAGUGCAAUUAACUGUGACAGCUGUUUGUGGCCCAAGUCACAAGAUGGACUGGUCAAGGUUCCAGUUAACAUCUCUUCUGAUUUCUCAAUAACAGAGAGGUCUUGGAUUGCUGAUGCUUUGCAAGAGAUCUCCACACUGACCUGUGUGCAAUUUGUAAAUCGCACUACAGAAACAGACUAUGUUUAUGUUGAACGAGGGCAGAGCUGCUGGUCUUACUUUGGAAAGAUUGGAGGACGCCAAGCAGUAGGCCUGGUGAAAAAUGGUUGCAUGGAUAAAGGAGCAAUUCAGCAUGAAAUGAACCAUGCACUGGGUUUCAUCCAUGAACAGGCACGGAGUGAUCGGGACAGGUUUGUCAAGAUUAUGUGGGAGCACAUAGUGGCAGGGGAACAAGGGAACUUUGGAAAAAUGAAUUCCAAAAACCUAGGCCUUCCCUAUGACUACUCCUCAGUGAUGCACUAUGGCGCGUAUGAUUUCUCCAGCACUCCAGGAAAACCAACUAUUGUACCAGUUCCUGACCCCUCUAUACCUAUUGGGCAGAGAGAUGGGCUAAGUAACUUGGAUGUAGCUAAAAUCAACAAGCUCUACAAGUGCAAUUGCUGUAGCUCUGUGUUGUCUAAACCCAAAGGCUCGUUCUCCUCUGUCAAUUACCCAUCCCCAUACCCCAACAACAGCAACUGUCUGUGGCUGAUCCGCAUCCGUCGAAGUAAGAUCUUCCUGCAGUUUGAGGCUUUUGAUCUCCAGCACUCCUCAGGCUGUUCUUCUGACUAUAUAAAAAUUUACAACGGGAACAGCAAGAGCUCCCCUGUCCUGCUGGACAAGUACUGUGGGAAGGGUCCGCUGCCCUCCCUGGUGGCAUCGGGAUCCACAAUGCUGGUGGAGUUUGCAAGCGAUGAGAGCAUUACAGCCACAGGAUUCAGAGCCUCCUACAACAGGGUGAAUUGUGGAGCUACUUUCAGAGAUUCAAAGGGAGUCAUCACCUCUCCAAACUACCCCAAUAAAUACCCCAAAAACCGAGCAUGUUUCUGGGUCAUCGCUUCUCCAGUAGGAUAUAAGAUAUCUCUCAAAAUGUUAUCCUUUGAGCUGGAAUAUAGCGACAGAUGCAUCUAUGACUACUUGCUCAUUCAUGAUGGAAGCCGCCCUAUGUCACCUGCAGUUGGCCCUUAUUGUGGGACAGAGAAGGUUGCAGACUUUACUUCCACUGGGAACUUUGUGCUGGUUGAAUUCCACAGUGAUUUAGUGUGGGAGUUGCCUGGAUUUGUGAUGAGUUAUACAUUUGCUAGGUAAAUAUAAUACAGAUAGGGUUUGAAAAACAGAAUGAGAGUGAGAGUUCAGCUAGCCUCAGGUAAAAGUGAAGAUGCCACCAAUUUCAGAAAAAAAAAAUAUAUAGCCUGAUACCUUUAACAAGCAUGAAGUUUGACCUCUUAGUCUUACAUCUACAGCGGUGUAAUUUCCAUGGUGAACCAAGGACAGAAAUGUUCCUGCCCAUGGGAUGCUUCUGUCUGAGACUGUAUGCUUUUUGUUAUAGUAUUCUC